GCUGGGCCAGCUGAUGCAGCGCUGCUGGGCGGAGGAGCCCACCGAGAGACCCGAGUUCAACCACGUCCGGCUGCUGCUGCGCAAACAGAACAACCUCCUGAAUCCUUCUCACCUGAACACACAACUGAGUCUUCAUACAGGUUCAGGUGUCCUGGUCCAGGUGAGUUCCAGUGUGCUUCGACUGGCCUGGUGUUCGUCAUGGCUCAGGAGGCGGAGCUUCUGUACAGGACGGUCCCUUGGGAUGAGAGCCGCCUCCAAUCAGCUGGCAAGCAGGCAGCAGGGCCGCUGUUCGAAGUGAAGAGUUCUGAUGAAGCUGCCGUCGUCCAGCUCCACCUGCCACACAGUGAGAGAGAGGAUGCGCUGCUCCUGGACGGCCUGUUGUCUGUCGUCCACAUCACUGAUGAAGGCCUGAGCAUCUUGGAGCCGCUGGAGGUCACACUCACUCACGUGGUGGUGAAGGUGCCUCACCUCUCUCUCUUUGGCCUGGUCUGGGAUAGCAUUAAAAGGGUUCUGCUUCCGCGGAUAAAGGGCAAAAUUCUGCUGUUCCUACGACCCCCGGGCAGAGAGGAGCAAAUACUGGAUGUAUUUCUGCUGCAGAAAAACGUCCUUAAGGAGGAGGUUGCUGUCAAACAAGGACGUGCUGUGCAGGUCAAGAUCUCUUCCCGCUGUGAGCUGGACAUUGAUCACAGUUACAGUGUGCACUGUGAACCUGAGGGCUUCCUCAUUCAGCCUGAGCAUGAAAAAUUUGAAUCAAUGUUUGGACCAGAUUACGAUCCGACAUUUGAAGUUUUCUUGACAACAAGAACAGAGAGAGUGGAUUUGAAGGUCCAGGACCAAGAUGGAAAUGAAGUCUGGAAACGGCACGUGUCACUGGAAGUUCCAAGACGGGAAAUUUCCCAGAGAAAUGUCCCAGCAGAGGACAGAGUCCCAGCAGAGGACAGAGUCCCAGCAGAGGACAGAGUCCCAGCAGAGGACAGAGUCCCAGCAGAGGACAGAGUCCCAGCAGAGGACAGAGUCCCAGGAGGAGACAGAAUGCCAGCAGACCAGAGGCUUUUCUCAGUUCGGACACAGUUCAUUAACAGAGUGUCUCAAGCUGUUCUGGACCAGCUUCUGGAUAAACUUCUUGAGCGGGAAGUGAUCACUAAUGCUGAAAUGACAUCAGCCAGAGGGAAACCCCAAAUGGAUAAAGCCCGAGAGGUGCUGGACACGGUGCGAAGAAAAGGAGCUGCAGCCAGCAGGUUUCUGAUCGAUGCUCUCCGAGAGAUAGACCCGUAUCUUUACAGAGAGCUCGACUUGAGCUGAAGCAAACGUGUGAUGAGUGGAAUCUCUAGAUCAGCCGCCUGGUGUACAGUCUCACCUUUUGGUACAAACGAUAAUAAACGAUGUAUGAAUGAUAAACUAAUUGCGCUAGGACAUCAUCCUAUGAGGAAAAUGCUUUUCAGCGUUUAUGAUUUGGUUGCGGCUGUAGCUCAAAUGCAAGUGAUAAAUGAUAUGUUGAUGUAAUCAUUUAAGAGUAGACUUGUAAGAGUUUGUAUCUUUGUGGUUUAUUGCAUUUACUCUAAGUUGAGAAUAAUGUAAUGUUAUAUAUAUAAAUAAUUGUGAAAAAGGA